UUUUCUGUCUGGGACCCUUGGUACCUAGUGCUGAAGGUAAAAAUGUUUCGACACAUUCCCUAACAUUCUGCUGAGAGUCAUCAAUUAUGCAAGGUAACGGCGCGCUCUGGGAAGGCAAGGAAGCGCACCAAUAUGGCGACAACCGCAGUUUCUCCUGCAGCUUUCCAACAUCUGCAGUCUACCAACGCCUUUCGGAAUUUGUUUUAAUCUUUAAAAAAGUGGACCUGUCCUGGAGGUUACUUAAUUAAAGAAUUUGCUGCAGGAUGAAAAGAUGGCAGCACAGCUGCUCGCACCACCAGGCCCUGACAGUUUCCGUCUGUUCUCCGUCGAAUCAUUGGCUGCCAUUGAGAGGCGUAUUGCUGAAGAGAAGGCCAAGAAGCCACCAAAGCCCGACAGUAGCCACCGAGAUGAUGAUGACGAAAAUAAACCAAAACCAAACAGCGACCUUGAGGCAGGCAAAAAUCUGCCUUUCAUCUACGGUGAUGUUCCUCCAGGAAUGUUCGCUGUACCACUGGAGGACUUGGACCCUUUUUAUAUGACCCAGAAAACAUUUAUAGUAAUAAACAGAGGGAAAACAAUCUUCCGAUUUAGUGCCACGCCUGCCUUGUACAUUUUAAGUCCUUUUAAUCUACUUAGAAAAAUAGCUAUUAAAAUUUUGAUACAUUCUGUGUUUAGCAUGAUCAUUAUGUGCACUAUUUUGACCAACUGUGUGUUCAUGACUUUUAGCAAUCCACCUGAAUGGUCUAAACAAGUUGAGUACACAUUUACUGGUAUUUAUACUUUCGAAUCCCUUGUAAAAAUUAUUGCAAGAGGCUUCUGCUUAGAUAACUUCACAUUCCUACGGGAUGCAUGGAACUGGCUGGAUUUCAGUGUUAUUCUUAUGGCAUAUGUGACAGAGUUUGUGGACCUUGGCAAUGUCUCAGCGUUGAGAACAUUCAGAGUUCUCCGAGCCUUGAAAACUAUCUCUGUCAUUCCAGGUGAGAGACAGUUUAAACACUAA